AUGAUCUUCCUACAUCAGACCAUAGUUGAUCUUUUGGGGAACUUCCUUCUUCUCUGCUCUUACAAUUUGCAUCGAUUCAUGAGAGGUGAAGUCAGGUCCACAGAUUUGAUUGUCCAGCACCUGACUGUGGCUAAUUUCUUGGUUAUACUCACUAAAGGAGUACCACAGACGAUGGCUGCUUUGGGGAUGAAGCAUUUCCUCUAUGAUACAGGCUGCAAACUUGUCUUUUAUGUCCACAGAGUGGCCAGCGGUAUGUGCAUGGGUAGCACCUGCUUCUUGAGUGUCUUCCAGGCCAUCACCACCAGCCCCAUGACUUCUAUAUGGAAAAAAGUGAAGCGGCUAGCUUCAAAAUACAUGGGGAUCAUCAAUAUCUUGAUCUUGUGUUGGAUAUUAGUAACAGAGUCGUAUAUCCAAAUACAUCUCAUAUUGUGGUCAUCCUAUGAUGUGUUGUGCUUGGGGCUCAUGAUCUGGUCCAGUGGCUCCAUGAUCUCCAUCUUGUACAAGCACAAGCAACAUGUUCAACACAUCCACAGCACCAACUACUCCCCUAGAUCCUCCAAGUCCAGAGCUACCCAGGGCAUCCUUGUCUUAGUGAGCACUUUUGUACCAUCGUACAUCCUCUCCUCUGUCUUUUCAUUAACUUUGGCUCUUUUCUAUGGUUCCAGUUUGUGGCUGGUGAAGAUCUCUUCUCUAGUGGCUGCUUGUUUUCCUACAGCCAGUCCUUUCAUUCUUUUUUAA